GGAGACUGCAGCUGCCCAGCACCUGUGUGCCUUGACUCAGGGGCAACAUCAUAUUGCUCACAAGGGCCGGCACGGCUUGGCAGCGGGUAUGAGAUCUCCUUUGGGGAGGUCACUCUGGGAGGCCACCGGCCGGCCGGACUCAAUCUGUAGCCAAGUCUGGUUCGUCCGUUGUGCGCGAUGUAACCCGAAAUGAGAUGCUGUAUCAGCCGCCUCCUCCUGCUCCUACGCGCAGGACAACGUCUCCACGAUGGCGCUACCCACGAUGGCGCUACCCACGGCAAUGCUACCCACGGCCAUGCUACCCACACCGGCGAGUGACUGGGGCUUGUGUCUUUUGUUGGCCCAUGAUGCACCACAAGAAACCAGUAUAAAGUCUCGCGUCUCCUGCCGCCCUUUGUGGUGGUAGUUGAAGGCAAGGUCGCCUCAUCCCUCGCUUGUAACAUCUCUCGCUAUCAUGAGGAUCUCGAACCUCGUCCCUUCUUUGCUCCUAUCAGCACUGGCUUCGGCCAACCCCCUCGAUGACCGCCAAGUGCAGGACUAUGAGUAUAUCGUGGUCGGCAGCGGUGCCGGAGGCGGCCCGCUUGCCUGCAGACUGGCCAUGGCUGGGCACAGUACUCUCUUGAUCGAGGCUGGUGACGACCAGGCCGGCAACGUCAACAUCACCGUGCCUGGCUACCAAGCUGCCGUGACCCAGGACCCCAAGCUGAGCUGGGAUAUCUUCGUCAACCAUUACCAGGACCAAGAACGUGCCAAGCGGGACCCAAAGUUCACGUACGAGACUGCGCCGUACCAGUAUCACGUUGGCCCGAACCCACCGUCAGGAGCCAAGCCCCUUGGCAUCCUCUACCCCCGAGCUGCAACCCUGGGAGGUAGCGUAACCCACAAUGCCUUGAUCUGGAUCACGCCUCAUGCGAGCGACUGGAAUGGAAUCGCUCAGCUCACCGGGGAUACAACAUGGUCCGCAGCGAACAUGGACAAGUAUCUCGACAAGAUCUAUGAGUGGCAGAAUGUCCAGCCAACCGAUCCCAGCAUUCUGCUGCAAGAUCUGAAGCUCACCCGGCAGCUGGCCAGCGGAGCGGCUGUGAUGGGUGACGGGCCCGACCCGUUCGCUGCUGUCACCGCACUCACCAAAACCUUGUUGCUUGAUGCCAACAAUCGGGACGACCCCAACCGCGAUAGCGCUCAGGGCUUCUUCCAGAUUCCUCUCAUCAUGAAGGAUGGCACGCGGGUUUCCAUCCGCGAUCACAUCACGGAUACAGUCGCAAAGGGGUACCCCCUGACUGUGCGCCAGAACACCCAUGUCACUAAAGUCGUCUUUGACCAGAGUGGCACGACUCCUCGCGCGACAGGUGUCGAGUUCUUGGAUGGCAAAUACCUCUACCGGGCAAGCCCCCUGAAUGGCGGUGGCUCAGGAACCCCCGGGUCCGCCAGCGCAAGCAAAGAGGUGAUCCUCUCGGGCGGCGCCUUCAACACCCCUCAGAUCCUCAAGCUCAGCGGAGUCGGCCCCAAGGCUGAACUGGACGGAUUCGGAAUCCCGGUGGUCAAGGACCUCCCUGGUGUCGGCACCAACAUGCAGGAUCGCUAUGAAAUCAACAUCAAUGUCAAGCACCCCACAGAUUUCAAGCUCUUGGAUGGCUGCACCUUUGACGGCAAGGCCCAGGACAAGUGUCUGACACGCUGGCAAGACAAGCCCUACAUCCUCGGGGCUCGUGGGGCGUACGCCACCAACGGACUUGCUGCCACCAUGGCCGUCAACUCCGACGCAGCUGACAAUACCGACAUCGACAUGUACAUCUUUGGAGGCCCCAUCGACUUCACCGGCUACUUUCCCCGGUGGGGCGACGACGCAGUCAAGGACCACUCGCACUUCUCGUGGUACACGCUCAAGGCACACACGCGCAACCGCGCCGGCACGGUCCAGCUCCGCACAACAGACCCGCUCGACACCCCCAUCAUCAACUUCAACUACUUCGACACGGGCACGACCGAGGGCGGCGCGGACGAGCGCGACCUGGACGCGAUGGUGCAGGCGCUCAACAUGUCGAGGGACGCCCUGAGCCGGUACAAGUCGUACGGCAUCCUCGGCGGCGACGACUUCGUCGAGGAGCGGCCCGGCCCCAGCGUUGUGUCGGACGCCGACCUGAGGACGUACAUCAAGGACCACGCCUGGGGCCACCAUGCCUCGUGUACGUGCCCGAUCGGGGCUGACGACGACCCGCUGGCGGUCCUGGACAGCAAGUUCCGCGUGAGGGGAGUCACGGGCCUGAGGGUCGUUGAUGCCAGUGUUUUCCCGCGCAUCCCCGGCAUCUUCAUCCAGGCUCCGAUCUUUAUGGUCAGCGAGAAGGCGGCGGAUGUCAUUCUGAAUGGGUGAUAGUUUUGGACAAAUCUUGUGUACGAAUGUGCUGUAUCUAAAUUAGUAGAUGAAUACAGAAGCAAGCCAACCUUCGA